AUGGAGUUCAAUAUCCUCAUAGUGCUGAUCUCGUUCCUGAUCGGAGCUGCGUUCGCUUCACCAUUGGCGAAACGUAACAGAACUGAAGGACUGAGCAAAAGGCUCAAAGGCACCGACUUUUCUCGCCCCGAGCCUCUUGAUCGUUUUAGAAACGAUCCCAGGUUUGCUCUUGGACCUAGUCUGUUUGUAGCUCCAGCGAUCAGAAACAGCUCCUUUGUGACUAGGCGCAUCAUGCAAAAGAGACCAGAUACAGGAGAAUACGAGUCAAAGUUUUACCAUAUUUGCCAGCCUGGCAACAAGACCGAACAGGAGUAUAAGCUCCCGAAACCUGACGAGAACAUAGACGUCUCGCUUGACAAGAUGGAAUAUUCUGAGCAUGAGAAGAAGACUUUGGCCGAGGUGCUUCUCGAAAGCCUCAACAAAAACCUGGAAGAGUCCGUGAAAGAAAACCAUACCGGUCAUACUCAAAUUAUCGAAAACCCCAAGAUGAUGCCACACGUGUGGCAUGACUCCCUUAAGUCACACACCAAAGAAGAUAAAGACGAGGACAAGGACCACGAGGAAGACAACAGCCAGAGUGAGAACGACAGCGACAGCGACGACGAAGAAGAUGCAAAAAAGGGAAUUAAGAAAGUAUUCAGAAUGAUUCAGAAGCGAGACGACGAGAAGGAGGAGGAGGAGAAGCCAUAUCUAUGGCCUGAACACAACAGACCAAAGGUCUCCGAGGAUGGGAAGUUCAGAUACUUGUACUCCAGCGAGGGAAAGCAAUAUGCUGUUGCAACUCCCCAGCAUCUUGCCAAUGAGACUAAUCGCCACGAGAAGGCCCAGCAAGACAAGGAGCAGAAGUUGGACAUUAUUCAACACGAGCUUCAGAAGGAAAUGGACGCAAAACUACAGCAGGAGCACAGUAGAUUGAAGCACGAGAACAAGAUGAAGUUCAAUGCGUCAAAGCCCGAAAAGGACGAACAAAUUGCUCGACUCUAG